AUGGAUGCAAAGCCCCAGAGAAUUCGCGUCCGCGCGGACGAAAAUGCACCCUUCCCUCUGGCGCCCGCCAAUAAAACCCUUCACCAGAAAAACAAGUCCACCCCCGCGCUGCCCGCCGUUUUCCAGCAUAACCCCAACAAAAAUGCUCCCAGGAGAGCCGCGUUUGGAGACGUCAGCAAUACGGCGAACCUCGUCCAUGGGAGUCGAGAUGAUGCUGCUCUCCCGGGGAAGAAGCAAGGCAAAGCGUCCGAGAAGCCGUCCGGACUCGCGGUAGAGAAGAGACCUGCUGUCCUGGCACAGCCAGCCCAGCGUCCGACGUCGAUGUCGGGCUUCAAGGGUCUCAACAUCUCUCAUCCGAAGCCCCUCGAACCUUCUGCGAAACCGACGGGCACCAUCCAGCAGUCAGCCAAUAUCCGAAAGCCCGUGGGCAAGCGCGCCACGGUCUUCAAGGACACAUUGCAGCCAUUGACAGAGAAGAGCGAAUCUACAUCCAAGGAAACCACCAGCGAAGCCGACGAGCAACCAAUUGAGGGCCAUGCGACUGCGACAGCACCCCUUGAACAGCAGCAGGUCAGGGACCAAGCGAUCACCGACCCUGUGAACGCACAUUUCGAUGAUACCGAAGAAGAUUCCAGUAUCAGUUCUGAGAUUGAGGACGAAAGGGAUACCUCCAAGUCAGAGAAGGAUGACUGCAAGGUUCAGCAAAUUAGAGAGGUCGACCCUCGUCCUUCGGACCAUGCGACGAAGCCUCACCGGGAGUCCAAUCCGUCUCAGGCGGACGAUCACCUUCCUGCGCAGUCUGAGCCGGAGGAAUACUGGGAUGAUGAAGAGGAUGAGAACGAGGACGACGAUGGCUAUGCCACCACACGCUCCUACCGUUCCCGGGGCGAUAACACCACGGGUGGAGCGACGACGGUCCUAUUCCCCAAGAUCAACCAACAGGUCAGACGCGAACUGGCUCUCGCCAAGCAAAUCGUUGAAGCGACCCGAACCGUGGAAGACAUUGAAGACGAAUUCUGGGAUACGAGCAUGGUUGCGGAAUACAACGACGAGAUUUUUGGCUACAUGAAGGAGCAAGAGAUUAAAAUGUUGCCGAAUGCUCAUUACAUGGACAACCAAGCGGAGAUCCAAUGGUCCAUGCGCUCAGUUCUCAUGGACUGGCUGGUGCAGGUGCACCAUCGCUUUUCGCUCCUCCCCGAGACGCUCUUCUUGUGUGUCAACUACAUCGAUCGCUUCCUUUCUUGCAAGAUCGUCUCACUGGGCAAGCUCCAGCUUGUGGGAGCCACUGCAAUCUUCAUCGCUGCCAAGUACGAAGAGAUCAACUGCCCGUCGGUCCAGGAGAUCGUCUACAUGGUGGAUGGCGGGUAUAGCGUGGACGAGAUUCUCAAGGCUGAGCGCUUCAUGUUGAGCAUGCUCCAAUUUGAGCUGGGAUGGCCGGGCCCUAUGAGUUUCUUGCGCAAGAUCAGCAAAGCUGAUGACUAUGACCUGGAGACUCGUACCCUCGCCAAGUAUUUCCUGGAAAUCACUAUCAUGGAUGAGCGUUUUGUCGGUUGCCCCCCUAGCUUCAUCGCCGCCGGUGCUCACUGCCUUGCGCGGCUGAUGUUGAGAAAGGGUUCUUGGACCCCUGCCCAUGUUCAUUAUGCCGGCUACACCUACUCCCAGCUGUUCCCCCUCGUCCAUCUCAUGAUGGAAUGCUGCGAAAUCCCGCGGAAACACCAUGCGGCUAUCUAUGAGAAAUACACCGACAAGAGAUACAAGCGUGCUUCGCUUUUCGUCGAGGCCGAAAUGAGAAAGGGAUUCCGUCUUCCUGAGGUAGCCCGGAGCAGCAGCAUUUCUGACCGCAACACGCGUCUUGAGCAAGGGCAUUUCUGGCGACGUGCGUGA